CGGCGCAGCCCCGGCCCGGCGCGCGCGGGGGGGAGGAGCUGCGGCGGCCGCGGCCACGGCCACUCGGGCAGGUCGGCGGCGCCGCGGGAACCCGCCGACGGCGCGGACUGCUGGUCCCCGCGCGCAGGAGGCGCGGGCGGCCCUGGGGCCAUGGAGCCUGGUGACGCGGCGCGCCUCGGCCGGGGCCGGGCGGCCCGGGCGCUGCCACCGCGGCUGCUGCUGCUGCCGCUGCUGCCGCUGCUGCUGGGUCGGGGGCUGCGCGCCGCGGCCUCGGCCUCCUCCUCUGGGGCGGCGGCCGAGGACAGCAGCGCCAUGGAGGAGCUCGCCACUGAGAAGGAGGCGGAGGAGAGCCACCGGCAAGACAGCGUGAGCCUGCUCACCUUCAUCCUGCUGCUCACGCUCACCAUCCUCACCAUCUGGCUCUUCAAGCACCGCCGGGUGCGCUUCCUGCACGAGACCGGGCUGGCCAUGAUCUACGGGCUCAUCGUGGGCGUGAUCCUGAGGUAUGGCACCCCCGCCACCGGUGGUCAUGACAAGUCAGUGAGCUGUACUCAGGAAGACAGGGCCUUCAGCACCUUAUUAGUGAACGUCAGUGGGAAGUUCUUCGAAUACACCCUGAAAGGAGAAAUCAGCCCUGGCAAGAUCAACAGCGUAGAGCAGAAUGACAUAUUGAGGAAGGUAACGUUUGAUCCAGAGGUCUUUUUCAACAUUCUCCUGCCUCCGAUUAUUUUCCAUGCCGGCUACAGUUUAAAGAAGAGACACUUUUUCAGAAAUCUCGGGUCUAUUCUGGCUUAUGCUUUCUUGGGGACUGCCGUUUCCUGCUUCAUUAUUGGGAAUCUCAUGUACGGUGUAGUGAAGCUCAUGAAAGUCGUGGGGCAGCUCUCGGAUAAGUUUUACUACACAGACUGUCUCUUUUUCGGAGCCAUCAUCUCUGCCACUGACCCAGUGACCGUACUGGCGAUAUUUAACGAACUGCACGCAGACGUGGACCUCUACGCACUCCUGUUUGGAGAAAGCGUCCUCAAUGAUGCUGUUGCCAUUGUCCUGUCCUCGUCUAUUGUUGCCUACCAGCCAGCGGGGCUGAACACUCAUGCCUUUGAUGCUGCUGCCUUUUUUAAAUCGGUGGGCAUCUUCCUAGGUAUAUUCAGUGGCUCUUUUACCAUGGGAGCCGUAACUGGCGUCCCGAGUUCCUUGACGGGUGGGGCCCACGUGACCAAGUUCACCAAGCUGCACUGCUUCCCCCUCCUGGAGACGGCACUCUUCUUCCUGAUGUCCUGGAGCACGUUCCUUUUGGCGGAAGCCUGUGGCUUUACAGGCGUUGUGGCUGUCCUUUUCUGUGGCAUCACGCAGGCUCAUUACACCUACAACAAUCUGUCGGUGGAAUCAAGAAGUCGAACGAAGCAGCUCUUUGAGGUGUUACACUUCCUGGCAGAGAACUUCAUCUUCUCCUACAUGGGCCUGGCUCUCUUUACCUUCCAGAAGCAUGUCUUCAGCCCCGUUUUCAUCAUUGGAGCUUUUGUUGCCAUCUUCCUGGGCCGAGCUGCACACAUCUACCCGCUCUCCUUCUUCCUCAACUUGGGCAGAAGGCAUAAGAUUGGCUGGAACUUUCAACACAUGAUGAUGUUUUCAGGCCUCAGGGGCGCGAUGGCAUUUGCGCUGGCCAUCCGCGACACGGCAUCCUACGCUCGCCAGAUGAUGUUCACGACCACCCUCCUCAUCGUCUUCUUCACUGUCUGGAUCAUUGGCGGAGGCACAACACCCAUGCUGUCGUGGCUUAACAUAAGAGUUGGCGUCGAGGAGCCCUCCGAAGAGGACCAGAACGAACGCCGCUCACAGUACUUCAGAGUCGGAGUUGACCCAGAUCAAGACCCACCACCCAACAACGACAGCUUUCAAGUCUUACAAGGGGAUGGUCCGGAUUCUGCCAGAGGGAACCGGACGAAGCAGGAGAGUGCGUGGCUCUUCAGGCUGUGGUACAGCUUUGACCACAAUUACUUGAAGCCCAUCCUCACACACACCGGCCCCCCCUUAACCACCACGCUGCCCGCCUGGUGUGGCCUGCUCGCUCGGUGUCUGACCAGUCCCCAGGUAUACGACAACCAAGAGCCGCUGAGAGAGGAAGACUCCGACUUCAUCCUGACCGAGGGCGACCUCACCUUGACCUACGGGGACAGCACAGUGACUGCAAACGGCUCCUCAGGCUCCCACACGGCCUCCACGAGCCUCGAGGGCAGUCGGAGAACCAAGAGCAGCUCCGAGGAGGUGCUGGACCGAGCCCUGGGGAUGGGAGACCAGCCGGUUUCGAGCCGGGGCACGCGCCUAGUGUUCCCCCUGGAGGACAAUGCGUGACUCCCCCCUCCCCCCACCCCAGAGCCUGCAGCGAUGAGGGGCGGCCCACCGGCAGGGUGAGGACGGCUGCAAGCCCCAGGGUUGUUUGAGGCGGGGCACUGACUGAGUGGAACUAACGCUUCUGUUUUAUUGGGGUCUGAAGCUAUCUUAAUAACCUUUACAAUUUAACCCAAGAUGGUGGGGCUAAAGUGUCUCUAAAUCAAGACAGAUGCAGACCUAUUCCCACUUUUUCAUAUAGUAGUGUGCUGUUCAGAGUUAAACAAACAAACAAACAAAUAGCAUGCUUUAAUGGUCUAACUCAUUCACCUGCAGUAUCUGAACAAGGUGUGGGGCGGGUGGGGGGGGGGGUUGGAGUCCCCCCAGGAGAGGCUUCAGAUCCGUACACAGCAGUGCAAGCCUGGCUGGCUGCAGGAAUAGCAAGGUGGAGGAGAGCAGGCUAGAAGAACGAUCGAGAAGGAAGGCAGCUGAGACCGGACCUCCAAGGAUGACAGGAAGCGGGUGGUAAAUGGGGCGGAACUCACGAAGAAGCAAUUGCCGCAGGCGCUUCUGGCACCGAGGGCUGCGGGACUGCGACCUCACGUCAGGCUUCUGGACUCUUUUUGCAACCCGGGUUUCCUCUAGACUGAAGAAUGGAAAUCUAUCCGUGAACAUUUCGACAUGGGGAAAGAAUGAGAAUUCCUUCUCUGGAAGCCUCCAUCCAGAAGAAGCUACCAAAAGCAAAACCAAAGGGAAAAAUCGUGUUACACUGGUGGGUUUUUCACAUUAAUCUGGGAACAGCAGAAACUGGUUAGAAACUGAUGACGAAAAAUCAGUCAAUUCUUCAGGGCCACCGUACAAGCUGACUGCCUGGCAAAUGAUUCCGAGGGCCGAGAUACCUACUGUGGGUUUAGGAACAACACCGAAAUUGGUUGGGAUGCUUUUAUCUGGGGACGAGAAAGCAAAAAGAAGCCUAGGAGGCAGUAGGCUAGUAUUGGGGGGGCGGGGGUGGGAAUCACACUGCGAACAAAAUUAACUGCAAAAACGAAAUACAGGAUACUGUUCUAAAGACCCGAGUAGAAUUCCAAACCUUGAGCCAACAAAUGCAUGAGAUUUCAGCGGCCACGUGAGAAAUUAGAGGCAAGUCCCUAGAAAAUUAAGCAUUAUUCAGUCCGGUGGAACGUUCUGUCUACUGUAAGGUUAAGUCUCCGGAUGUCUUGACACUUGAGUGCCAUGUAAAGAAGGGUCGUCCUCUUGGUAUCCGGGGAGGCUUGCACCAGCUGAAUGGGUGAGCGUGGUUUGAAAUUUAGGUUAUUUGAAAACCCGAUUUCUUCAAAAAAAAAAAUGCUUUCAUAAAAUGUGGGCAUUUUUCUUAUUGUGGCAGACAGCAUAGUUUGUGAUAGUUUGUGUAAACCAGGCAAAAACUAUUACUAGGUUGAGCCAUAUGAAAUUGCUGAUAUUGAACCAUUAAAAAGAAAAAAACAAAUGGCAGUUUCAUAUGGUUCGAUAUAAUAUAAUUAGAUGCUUUUUAUUCCCCCCCCCUUUCCUUUCUGUCUACCCUAAAGUCCAUUUUGACUUUAUCAGGGGCACCCGUGGGAUUUGUAAGCUUGAAAAACAAGCUAAACCACAUAUCUAACCCCAUGAGGCUCAGAAUUACCUAGGCUAGUGAAGGACUUAAGAAGACCUACGAGCCACAGCCAGAGAAACCGCUUUUUUAGAGAGCCCCUGGAUGGGAGGUCAUUGUGUCGUGGGUGUUGUGUCAGAGUGCAGAGAGCAGCUUGCCAGGCUGGAGAUGUGCAUAUGUGCCCGUGCCCAGAACCAGCACAAGUUUUAUUCGGUGGAGUUCUCUCAGUAAUGGCCAGUCAAGCCUAUAAAGGUGAGGCUUGUGUGUAUGUUGGGUAUUUGCAGAGAUGGAUGGGCUGGCCGGCUCUUUGGUUGGGUCUUUAUAAAGCCUUGUUUAUCUCUUAUGUCGCUUACUUGUUUAAUUUUGGAGGAAAGAAACUACCGGAAAAACCCUGAUAUGGUUCAUGAAAAUAGCCACCCUGGCUGUUUAGGGACCCCCCCCCCCCGUCUUAAUUAACGUCAAGGCUAUGUUGUCAUUAAUGGUUUUCCAGGAAGCUUUCAGCAACUUAAUAAGAAAUCAAGGAGGAAAAAUAACCAGAGUUCUCCAUCCGAGGCCUACGUCGAUCCACAGAUUGUUGUGUUUUCCCCAAAAGGGUCUUGUAGUCUUGACUGCAAACCUUUUAUUUGGACCUACUUAAAUAUAAGCAAGUGGAGAUUUGCCAAGACCAAAAUUUUGCUAGGGUUGUAGUUACUUGGUUGGAUUUUUUUAUUCAGUGGAUAGGAGUAAGUCACUGACCUAUGGUUCUAAUUUUUGUUUGCAAGAUGUGGGGAAUAAUCCUGACCUUACUAGAGGUCCUGGGAAAUGAGUCCAUUCAUUGAAACGCUUCCGUGUUUCUAGAAGUACUAUGGCUAUGAUGAGUGGGGGAAAGUGCGUGCCACUAAGCCCAGAAACCAUCUAACGCGAGGCCAACUAUCUGCAGCCAGCCUGGCCUAAAUCAGGUUGAAACGGCUGAGUGCAUCCAAUUUCACAUCUUUUUAACACGUUUAACAUCUUAUAAACAUAUUUGUUCCAGGUUGGGGGGGGGGGGGGGGGGGUGACAGUUCAGCAGAGCUGGAUAAUUCUAGCACACAAGUUCUCAACCAUGGCUGCCCAUUAGGAUUACCUGGCUAGUUUUUUUUUUUUUUUUUUUUUUUU